UAACCUCGAGGCCUGAAGUGGGAGCCAGUGAUCAUCACUUUAGGCCUAUCCACUCUAGAUUACAGAUUCUGAAGGAGGAGCUUCGAAGGUUUAGGAGUCUGCUGGGCUAGGGACCAGGGCUACAAACCCUGGUGACCCAGCCUGUCUCACUCUUUGCGAAGGGCUAAGCUCGGAAUCUGAUGGUAGAGCCUCCAAAUAUGUAAUAGUUUAAAGGAUUUUGUGAAGGAGUAGAGCCCUCUGGAAGAGUUUCCUUGAGGCGACUUCUGGACUAAUCUGAGCUAGCCUACCCCAGUGCCAAGCUGCAGAAGCGCAGAUCUGAGAUACUAGACAGCUUCAAAACUAUGACCAAGGAACUUCUGAGACAAGAACAUUUACCCCAGGUUCUUCAGAGAAAUGACCCCCAACAGGUCACUGAUAGAACGUUUUUCAUUGAUAGUUCCAACCAGAGUUUGAAGACCAUCCCGUCAGAGAUUUUGGCAUUAAAAGAAUUAGAAGAAGUGCAUCUGGAGAAUAACCACAUUACAGAAAUUCCCCAGGGCAUUCAGCAUUUACAGAAUAUCAAGGUCCUCUACCUGCACAACAAUGGCCUGCAAAAUCUAUGCCAGGAGCUGGGGGCGCUGAGCAGCUUGGAAUCGCUGGACCUGAGCGGCAACCCGCUGGUCGUCUCCUCGCUGCAGGUCAUUAGCCGCCUCCGCACCCUUCGGGAGCUGCGGCUCUAUGGUACCGGCCUGACCGAGAUUCCCACGGGCAUCUGCAAAUCCCUGCAUCACCUGGAGCUGUUCGGUCUGUCAGAGAACUUCCUGGAGACGCUGCCCAAGGAAAUCGUGAACCAGACCAAGCUCAGGGAGAUCUACUUAAAGCAGAAUCACUUCGAGGUUUUCCCUUGCGACCUCUGUGUUCUCUGCAACCUGGAGGUGAUCGAUUUGGACGACAAUAAGCUGAAGAGCAUCCCGGAAGAUAUCGGGCGCCUGGUGAGGCUGCAGAAGUUCUACGUGGCGUCUAACCACCUGAUGAAUCUACCUGAGUCUCUGGGCCAGUGCUGCAAGCUGUCGGUGCUGGAUUUGACACACAACUCUAUCCACUCCCUGCCAUCCACCCUGGAGCUUCUCACCGAGCUCACGGAGGUGGGGCUGAGCGGGAACCGGCUGGAGAAGGUGCCGCGCCUCCUCUGCAGCUGGGCGUCGCUGCACCUCCUAUACCUGCGCAACACCAGCCUGCACGGGCUGCGGCGCUCCUUCAAGCGCCUGGUCAACCUACGCUUCCUGGACCUCAGCCAGAAUCAAAUAGACCACUUUCCCGUGCAGAUCUGCGCGCUCAAGAACCUGGAGAUCCUGGCGCUGGAUGAUAACAAAGUGAAGCAGUUACCACUGACUAUAGGCUUGCUUUCAAAACUGAAGAUACUCGGGCUCACAGGAAAUGACUUUUCGUCCUUCCCAGAGGAAAUCUUUUCUUUAGCAUCUCUAGAGAAACUAUAUAUCGGACAAGACCAGGGAUCCAAGCUUUCCUCUUUGCCAGAAAACAUCAAGAAACUGACGAAUCUUAAGGAACUAUACAUAGAGAACAACAAACUGGAACAACUGCCAGCAUCCUUGGGGUUAAUGCCAAAUCUGGAAGUUCUUGACUGCCGGCAUAAUCGUCUUAAGCAACUCCCAGAUGCCAUUUGCCAUACUCGAGAUUUGAGAGAGCUGCUGCUGGAAGACAACUUACUCACCCGCCUCCCGGAGAACCUCGAUCACCUGGUGAAUCUUAAGGUCCUGACACUGAUGAACAACCCCAUGAUAGACCCUCCCAUGAUAGUGUGUAACGAAGGCAACGUAGCCAUAUGGAAACACCUGAAGGAAAACAGAAUUAGGAAAGUGAUGGCCACAAAGAUUCAGGCGUGGUGGCGUGGAAUCAUGGUCCGCAAAGGAUAUGGAUCUUAUGAAGAGCUAGUAAAAGCCCGAAAAAAAGGAAAGUCCCCUCCAAAAGAUAAGAAAGGAAAAAAUGCUGCAAAGGGAAAACCUGCAAAAAAGAGCAAAAAAUAAUUAUGUAAAUGAAUGAAUGAAAAUAGAGAUUACUAACAGAGCAGAAAGCACCAUGUCAAGGGACCAGACAACAGCCACAUGAAAAUUACCCAUGAAAUUAAUUUUGUAAUAAUAAAAGAGUCUUAUUUUACUGAAA